AUGGCUCUCAAUCUCCGCCAUAAACAGUCUGAGUGUAUAAUCAGGAUGCUGAACCUGAACCAACCUCUUAAUCCAAACGGGCGUUGUUACAAGAUGUUGAUAUACGACGAUUUCUGCAAGAAGAUUAUCGAUCCUUUGAUGUCAGUGAAGGAUCUUCUCAGACAUGGAGUUACACUCAACUCUCCCAUUGAUAAGAAGUUGCUCACCAAUAGGACAGAAAGAGAUGAUGUUCCUGAUGUAGCCGUCUACUUUGUUCAACCUACUGAAUCCAACAUCCAGAAAAUCACAGCAGAUGCUUCCACAAUAUCUCCCUACGUUCACUUUCACCUGAACUUCUCGUCUUCUAUCCCUCGCCCGCUCCUCCACAGCCUCGCUUCCCAGACUCUUAGUUCAGGUUCCGUUGCAAGACUCGCAAAGGUGCAUGACCAAUACAAGCCUCUUGUCCACGAUGUUCUUGGCCUGAAGAAGCUGGAUGGUUCAGACCCGUUCUGGUUGGCAAAUGGUUCUCUAGAGUUCCCACAAGUCGCUGAGGAGAUCGAAACUCAGUUGAACAAGUACAAGAAAGACUUGGAAGAGAUAAACAUGAUGAGAACUGGCGCUUAUGAGACUGAUUUGAUUGGGAACACAAAGCAUCUGAUGAAUGCUGUGAACUCACUUCCGGAGUUGAAAGCGAGAAAGGAGAUGAUUGACAAGCGCACUAACAUCGCGACAAAUCUCUUGGGAGAGAUCAAGGAGCGGUCUCUGGAUGUGUUCACUGAGGAAGAGAAUGAGAUGAUGAAAGGAGGCAGCAUAGACAUGAGCAAAGUUUUAGCUAUUUUGAAUGAGAAAGGUACGACGAAGAUGGACAAGUUGAGGUUUGCCAUCAUGUACCUACUAUCCUUAGAAACCAUAAACCAGACAGAGACUGAAGCCGUGGAAGAGGCUUUGCGUAAAGCAGAGGUUGAUACAAGAGCGUUUCAGUACGUGAAAAAAAUCAAGUCGCUUAACCUCUCUUCAACAGCCUCGGCAGACUCAGCGAGCAGCAGCAACGUUGUUGACUGGGCUGAGAAGCUCUAUGAUCACUCGAUUAGCGCAGUCACUGCAGGAGUCAAGAAUCUCUUAUCAAGUAAUCAGCAGCUGGCUGUGGCCCGGACCGUUGAAGCCUUGGCCAAGGGACAACCGAACUUAGAAACCGAUCCAUACAUUAUGCUGGAUCCAAAAGCUUCAAAGACAGGAUCUAGUGGUUGUAGCCAUGUGAAUGAACCGUUCAGAGAAGCCAUAGUUUUCAUGGUCGGUGGAGGUAACUACAUCGAGUACAACAGUUUGCAGGAGCUGUCGCAGCGAAAUGAGGUAGUUAAAAAUGUUAUAACAUACAAUUCAUUUUCUAGUUCUAUUAUGCAGAGAUAA